UAACCUCAAUUUUUCAGCCAUCGAAGAAGUUUUGCGCGGAAAAGUGCUGAGAAAAAGGUGAAAAAGAUGGAUUUGAUGGACUUUUUCAAUCCCAAUAAGAAGGUGGAACGUCGCCCUAUUGUUGCUGGGGGGCGCGUGAAUACGUACUUGGAGAAAGAGGUGGAAUCACGCCCCAAACCUCCGGACAAUAGGAGCUAUGCGGAGAAAUUCCAGGAAAAUGAGCUCCUUGCAAUGCGCCAUGUCAAGGAGGAAGAUGAUUUUAUGGAUGAGGAAGUUGGAAGUAGCAUAAAUGAGCCUGUGCAGGAUAAUACAAAUGCGGGGAUUUAUUCGAAAUACAAAUUCAAUGUGAGCAAUACGCCACGUCUCCCCAUUCAGGCGUAUCGCCGGGAGAUUCUGCAGACAAUUGAGCAGCACAGGGUGGUUGUGAUUGAGGGUGCCACGGGAUGCGGGAAGACAACGCAGGUGCCGCAGUACAUAAUGGAAGAUGCCUUUGCAAAGAAGAAAUAUUUCAAUGUGAUCGUGACCCAACCGCGGCGCCUGGCGGCUAUUAGUGUGGCCAAGAGAGUUGCUCAGGAGCGUGAGUGGGUUGUUGGAGAUAUUGUGGGUUUCAAGAUUGGACGGAAGCAAGAGGUUGGAGAGGACACACGGAUAACAUUCUGCACAACCGGAGUCCUUCUGGAGAAGCUCGUGAAGACACAAAACCUCGAGGAAUUCACUCACAUCAUCCUCGAUGAGGUCCAUGAGCGUGACAUUGACAUGGACUUCCUCUUGAUUCUCAUCCGGAAGUUUCUCUACCGUGCCCGUUGCCCCGUGAAAGUCAUCCUCAUGUCCGCCACAAUAAAAUCCGAAAAGUUCGCCAGCUACUUCACAAUCGACCAUCCCAUCCCGGUGGUGAAUCUCAGUAAAUCCUCCCCGUAUCAGGUGAAGGAGUACUACAUUGAUGACAUCGAGAGGCUCGGCACUAGCACCGAAAUCUUCCCCAAUGCCCCCGACAUUACUCACGAGAUGUACGAAUUUGCGGCAAAACUCAUCUUUGCUCUGGAUAAGAUUGAGAAGAAAUCCGUUGCGGAAGCAGAGGGGGCAUCAUCGUCAACCCCACAAAUAGGCAAAUCCAUUCUUGUCUUCCUGCCGGGGCUCAAUGAGAUUAACAGCCUCCACAGAGCAUUGGACAAUUACUGCGAAAAGGGUCCGGAUUUCAAGUACGAAAUCAUCCCGUUGCAUUCCUCCCUCACGUACGAGGAGCAGCACAGAGCCUUCCGGCACUACGAUAUCAACACCCGGAAGAUUAUCCUGUCCACGAAUAUUGCAGAGAGCUCCAUCACGGUGCCCGAUGUGAAGUACGUGAUUGAUUUUUGUCUCACGAAGAAUCUCUGUGUGGACAGUACAACGGGCUUCUCCACGCUCAAGCUCGAAUGGGCAUCCCAGGAUAACUGCACACAGCGCGCAGGACGAGCCGGACGUGUGAUGGACGGCAGGGUGUAUCGUCUUGUCAAGAAGGACUUUUACUUUAAAGUUCUUCCGCCGCACAUUACUCCGGAAAUGCUGCGUCAAUCGCUGGAAAUGGUUGUGUUGAAGUCGAAAUUGAUUGAAAUGGGUCCCCCGGAGACGGUUCUUGCCCUUGCCCUGGAUCCCCCGCUUAAGUCCGAUGUGCACAAUGCAAUUCUCGUGCUGAAGGAAUUGGGUGGUCUCCUGUCGACGGUAAAUGGGGAAUUUGUCCUGAAUGAUGGUGAUAUGACCUUUUUGGGGCACGUUAUGGCGAGUUUGCCGGUGGAUAUUCGUGUGGCGCGUCUCAUUGUCUUGGGCUAUGCAUUCAGUGUGGUGGAUGAGAUGACAAUAAUUGGGGCUUGUUUGAGUGUUCAGGGGGUCUUUACGGAGAAUUAUAAAAAGGAAAUGAGUACGUAUGCGGCGAAAUUGUCAUGGGCCAAUGGGACGGGGAGUGAUCUCAUUGCCCUGCUGAAUGUCUACAAGGUGUACACGGAGAGGAUAAGGCAGAAUCAGAUGCGCUAUGAGACAAUGUGGGCGGAUAGGUGUGGCGUGCAGAUACGGAUGUUGCGGGAAGUUGUGACGUUGGUGCAGGAGUUGCAGUAUAGGUUGGAAUAUUUCAAUGUUAAAGCCAUCCCGAUGCCACAUGGGGUGACAAUGAAUGACUAUGAGCGAUGUAUUAUCAUUAAGACGGUCUUUGCGGGGGCGUUUUAUCCGAAUUUUGCUGCCUACGGGGCAAAUGAUGGGGAUAAGGAGAAGGAGACGUUUCGCAUUACAAAUGGACGAAAUCCCGCAAAUACGGUCAUCCUCACGGGUUUGCCGAAUAAGUACAUUGGGCCGCUGUACAGGAAGACAAUCAGGGAGAUUUUUGCACCCUGCGUGGAUGUUUCGACGCGAAUUGAGGUUAAUUUUGAUCACAGUGAACGCAUCUACGUGUCCUUCUUCCCAAAUCGCAGUGCAAUUGACAGCCAGAGUGCUACAUACCUCACGGAUAUGAAUGCGGAGCAGGAAGUACUCGGGAAUGUACUGCUGGAAGUUUACAAAUCCGUCAAGUAUGGGCAGAUUAGGCACAAUCAUCGGAUUCACGUGCUGAAUCCCGGAAAGGCGGAAACGUAUGCCGUUGAGAGGGGUGCCGGAGAGGUGGUUAAUGGGGCAUUUCGAUGGAAGCGCCAUGAUGAGCUACGACGGGAUUAUGUGGUGUACCCGCGGAAGAAUCACAUUGCCGGGCGACUAAUGCACGUUGUGCAUUUGCAUAAGUUCUUCAUUCAACCGGAUGAGGAGUUGCCGUAUGAGGAACACAUCCGGACGCUCCUCAAUACAAAUAGGAAUCUCGAUGUGGUGCGCAAGGAGCACCUCAAGGUGGGUAUGAUGGUGGCGGCAACGCGGAAAUUCGGGAAUCACGCGUACUUCGCACGUGCCCGUGUCAUUGGCAAUGAUAUCAAUGCAAAAACAGUUGAGGUGUACUACGUGGAUUUUGGGAAUACAGCUGAAUUGACAAUGACGCACAUUAGGCUCAUUAAGCAGGGCACGUAUGUCAAUGAAUGCCCCAUUGAGAAGCUCCCACCGAGGCUCCUUGAAUGUCGUCUAGCCUGCCUUACGCCCACGGCAAUUAGCUCCGUGCGAGGACGUUGGACUGUGUCAACCAUCAAAGAGCUAACGGAGAAGAUGAGACCACCAGUGGAUGUUGCCAUUGAUGUCUACGCCUUUGUCGAUGGGGUGGCCUAUGUGACGCUCUACUACGAGCAUGAAAACAUAAAUGAAUGGGUCAUUGCAAAGCAACUUGCACAGUACACAGAUGAGAAUUUCAUGGUCAAGUUUGAUCACGAUCAACGUGUAAAUUGCGAGAAGCUAAAUCACGAAUAUUUGCUGGAUGAUGUUCAAGUGGAUGUGAUGGUGAGACCGCAGGAGGCUGAAGUGGCACCACCCCCAGAGAAUAUUUGUGAUCGUGAAAUCACGUUGAAGGGCCCAUCGAGUCCGCUGACUGCCCUAAUUUACAGCCCAACACGCAGUGCCAGCAAGAAGGUGUGCAAAGUUGAGAGGAAUUCGGUGAAUUGUGUGCUGCUUGAUAAUGAUUUUCAGGAUUAUCACCAGAAGAUGGUUGUGGCGACGCACAUAAAGAAGUCCGCAAGUGGGGAGUUGUCCCUGCUCAAUACGACAAUAAUGCCAAAUAUUCCGGGAAUUUUGCCAUUGAUGGCAUUGAUUUUCUGCCCAACGGCGGAAUUUUGUCGCAAUGUCGACAACACGCGCUUCAUUUCCAUUCUCACGGGCUUGGGCACAAAGCCCGGGACGAAGGUGCCGAUGUUUGAGGAGCACGACAUGCAAAUUCCACUUGAUGUGAAGAUUGAUCACGAUGACAUUGAGUGCAUCAAUCAAUUGAGAUAUUCAAUCAGUACUCUUCUCCUCCUGCGCACGGGGCAGAAUAUUCCGGAACUCGAUAAUAAUGUUCGCUACAAAUUGCUGCAGAAGAUCAAGGAUUUGACAAUCAGCAUUGUUACACGUCGACGUCCGCUGUGUGAGAGGAAGUACCCACCGAAGCCAUUUGUGUGGAAUCAGUGUGAUAUUAAGCCAUCGGAAUUGUUGGUAAUUGAUGACGUCUACAAUGGAGCAUCGAUCUUCCCAUUCUUGACAUCUGUGAAGUUGGAUGUGAAUGUAAAAUCCGAGGAGGGAGGACGUCUCAAGAAGAAUUGUCAGGAUCUCUACACAAUUGCUGGAAUAAAUCGUCUCGAACGAGGUGGGAUCAAAUGUCAACUGUGCGACACAUACCUCAAUGAUAUUUCCCAAGUCCGUCUGCACCUCUUCACGAAGCUUCAUCGUGAUCGUGAGAAGGAGAUCAAAUUCGAAGUUGCAACUCAUUAAUUUUCCAUUCUCGGUUAUUUCUUCUUUUUUUUCCUUCAAUUUCAUUACUUUUUUUUCAUAAACAUUGAAGUUUUUUUUAAUUUUCAUUUCUUUUUUUUAUACUUGAACUGUUAAAGAAAUAUUAUUCAAUUUGAAGUCAAAUAAAUAUUUUGAUUAAA